CAACAGGCCCCUAUUAUUAUGGAUCAAGGGAUGUUGGUUCAUGGUUGCGGUGGUUCUCCACGGAGACUGGCUAUGACGCAGCGGAGGUGUUGAUCCAACCAAGUGACCAGCCCUACGUCCCGUGUUGGAGCACGACCGCUUGAUCUGGUCGGAUAUGGAUCUUUGUACCUUAAGCCAGGAGUUACUUGGAGUCAUAGGCUCAUUGCGUCUCUUUGGAAUCCUGGGAUCGAGUGCAGCUCUCGCCUGCCAUUAUCCUACUGUGUGCCCAGGAUGGACCGUCGUGUCCGAGCUGGUAUCACCCGUACAGUGCAGCGUGCCAUCGGGUGUGACAACGCAGGCACCGCCCGACUGGGAUAAUGAGACGGAGUUCUUGGCUUCAUCAAAAUCUUCAUGAUAGCCUGACAGGCUAGCAAUGCACAGUAAUCAUCAGGUAACGAGAACCCACGGGGUGUCUGGGGGAAUCAGGAG